GGACGCCGGAUCAUGCUGAGAAAGGAUGGGACCACUAACUAAGCGCAGUUAGCGCCUCUGCAGGAAAUAUCGUGGCCAAUGUCCGUGAGUCGCAAUCAAAGAUUCGCUCCCAUCCUAAAUACAGAGAGCCCUCAGCGAUAUCCGCGGUCUCCGAUUGACCUUUUCCUAACUCGUCUUGUCUUUUCUGCGACGUGCGCGCGUCCUCCCUCGUUCUGUCGCGUGCAUUCUCUUCACUGUCGACAUGGCUGCCAACGCGAGCUUUGUUUCGCCCACGGCGGAUGCGAAGGUCGCCCACAUGAUGACACAACUGGACGCCAACGGCCUCCUGUCUACUGUUUUCAACGGUCUCAGUACAUGGAAGCUUGUGCUGACGCUGCUUGUCGCGGCCGUCGUGUACGAUCAGUUCAAGUAUAUCUGGAACAAGGGCUCAAUCGUUGGGCCGGCGUUGAAGUUGCCCUUCAUGGGCCCUUUCCUGGAGUCGGUGCGACCCUCGUUCACCAAAUACCAUGAGAAAUGGUUGUCUGGGCCUCUGAGUUGCGUAUCCGUCUUCCACAAGUUUGUUGUUAUUGCCUCAACCCGCGACAUGUCACGCAAAAUCUUCAACUCGCCUGCCUUCGUCAAGCCCUGUGUCGUCGAUGCCGCCUACAAGCUCCUCCGCCCUGAAAACUGGGUGUUCCUCGAUGGCCGUGCCCACGUCGACUACCGCAAGGGCCUAAACGGUCUUUUCACGCGCAAUGCGCUCGAACAGUAUCUGCCUCACCAGGAAGAACUCUACAAUACCUACUUCAAGAGAUGGGUGCACCUUUCACAGGUGGAGUUCAAGGGCGACCACGUCCCUUGGAUGCAGGAGUUCCGCUUGCUGAUUACAGCAUUGAGCUGCCGGACGUUCGUUGGUCACUAUUGCUCUGACGAAGCAGUAAAGAAGAUCGCGGAUGACUACUACCUGGUUACGGCUGCGCUGGAGCUUGUCAACUUCCCCAUCAUCAUCCCAUUCACAAAAAGCUGGUAUGGCAAGAAGUGUGCUGAUAUGAUUCUCGACGAAUUCUCCAAGUGCGCUGCCAAGAGCAAAGUCCGUAUGGCCGCUGGUGGCAAAAAGGAGUGCAUUCUUGAUUUCUGGGUUGGCAACAUGAUCGAGUCGGAGAACUAUCGCAAGCGUAUAGCGGCUGGCGAGAAAGUCGACGACUCGGAGAAGCCCGACAUGCUCAUCCGCUGGUUCAGCGAUCUCGAGAUCUCCAUGACCAUAUUCACUUUUCUUUUCGCCUCUCAAGACGCCACUUCUUCUGCCGCAACAUGGCUCUUCCAGAUCAUGGCAGACCGACCCGAGUUUCUUGAGAAGGUACGUGAGGAGAACAUCAAGGCUAGGAACGGCGAUGUUCAUGCCCCAAUCACGCUUGAGAAGCUUGAGAAGCUCUCGUGGACCCGCGCUGUUGUCAAGGAGACGCUUCGUUACCGCCCACCUGUUAUCAUGGUCCCUUACGUCGCGAAGAAGGACUUUCCCGUCACGCCUACCUAUACUGCGCCCAAGGGAUCUAUGGUUGUUCCUAGUACCUGGCUGUCAUUACAUGACCCCGAAGCGUAUCCCAACCCUGACUCGUUCGUGCCAGAGCGAUGGAUCACCGGUGACGCUGAUCAACAGACGAAGAACUGGCUCGUGUUCGGUACCGGAUCGCACUACUGCUUAGGACAGACGUAUGCGCAGGCCAACCUUAUGCUCAUGAUUGGCAAAGCUAGUAUGCUGCUGGACUGGGACCAUAAGAUUACGGAUCUAAGUGAGGAGAUUAAGGUGUUCGCCACGAUUUUUCCUCAGGUAAGUCAAGACCAAUCGCAAGAUUGAACGAGUACUGACAUUUUUUAGGACGACUGCUUUCUCACCUUCAAGGACCGGACAGCAUAGGGUUGUUGAUUGCGGUCACUACGCGAUGUGCACAUUUUAGCGUUUCUUGCAUUUGCAUCCGUAGCUUGGGGAUUUUCUUCGAGGAUAGAGACAUGCUCAUCCUUCACUCUUAACCCUAAUGAUUGUAACCUUUGGGAUGACAUAUACCAGGAUGAAUUGGCAUAAUGGAACGAUGAGGCUUGGACCUCUGGAGAUGGAG